AUCAUCUCUCUGUCUUUUUGAUUUGAUAAACUCUGUUUUCUCCGAUGAGUUUUGUGAUAUAGGUUACUACUAGCGGCGGUGGAUUUUCUCCGGGGAAGUUAAGAAGUAUGCUUCUUCUUGGUGUUGAUAGAAAGAAGAAUGAAGAAGAAUCUACUCCUACAAUGAGAUCUGGGUCUAAUCAAAUUGAUGACCCUAGGGUUUAUGGUUCUAGUGGAUUAGAUGAUUGCAAAGAUGUUGAUGUUGUGAGUGAGAUUACUGAUUGUUCUACUUCUGGGAUGGCUAGAUCGAUUAGUUUGGGUCUUCAAGAGUAUCCGAGUCUUGAUUAUGAGAAUGUGAAUGAGAUUAAGAGUGUUUCUGCUUCAUCUGUCUUUGAGUUUCAAAAGACUGAGAAGGAAAAGGUUAAUCAAAGAAUGCCUAUUAGAUCGUUCUCUAAACCAGCUCCAUCUAAAUGGGAUGAUGCUCAGAAAUGGAUUGCUAGCCCGACGGCUAACCGACCGAAGACUGGACAGGUUCAGGUUCCGGGUUCGAAGAAAGGGCCUAGCUUUGGUCGCCAGUCAUCUAUGAAGAUUGUUGAAGUUGCGGAUCAUAGAGCGGUUGAAGAACCUGAUACAAAGCGGAUAGAUGUGAGCCAAGUGAAAAAGGAUAUAGGAAACAAGUUUGUUAGCUGGGAAGUCGAUUCAUACACAACCGCGGAUUCAUAUGUCAAACCGGUUCUUAUGGUUGAGAACUCUAUUGUAGAAUCAGCAACUGAAAUUAAUCUCAGUCGACAUGACUCAUCAGUCGCAACUGGGUUUGCCCAACCGCCUUCAACAGCAAGAUCUGUAUCGAUGAGAGACAUGGGAACCGAAAUGACUCCUAUAGCGAGCCAAGAACCUUCUAGAAACGGGACACCAAUCAGGGCAACAACGCCAAUCCGAAGUCCUAUAUCUUCUGAACCUUCAAGUCCAGGGAGACAAGCUUCAGCUUCUCCUAUGACUAACAAGGAACUGUCGGAGAAAGAGCUUCAAAUGAAAACUAGGAGAGAGAUAAUGGUGUUAGGUACUCAACUUGGUAAAUUAAACAUUGCUGCUUGGGCUAGCAAAGAGGAUGAAGAUAAAGACGCUUCCACAUCACUAAAGACCAAAGCUUCUCUACAAACUUCUAAAAGUGUUUCCGAAGCUCGUGCUACCGCGUGGGAGGAAGCGGAAAAAGCUAAGCACAUGGCUAGGUUCAGACGCGAAGAGAUGAAGAUUCAAGCAUGGGAGAAUCAUCAGAAGGCGAAAUCUGAAGCUGAGAUGAAGAAAACCGAGGUGGAAGUUGAGAGGAUUAAGGGACGAGCACAAGACCGAUUGAUGAAGAAACUAGCUGCGAUCGAGCGCAAAGCAGAGGAGAAGCGAGCAGCAGCUGAAGCAAAGAAGGAUCGUCAAGCAGCUAAAACAGAGAAACAAGCUGAACAAAUCCGAAGAACAGGCAAACAGCAGCAGGAGAAGAAGCAAUCGGAGACUGUUUCAUCUGCUGAAGAAGAUGCUUUGAAGUGGAACACCGAUUGCGUUUACUUUCUUGCUUCUCCUUUAACCUGCAAGAAGGGACCUGAGUGUGAGUAUCGCCACAGUGAGUAUGCGCGUAUGAACCCAAGGGAUUGCUAUUAUUGGUUGAAUGGAAAUUGUAUGAAUCCCAAAUGUGGCUUUCGGCAUCCUCCUUUGGAGGGAUUGUUGGGAAAUCAAGGAGGUGCUCCUGCUAGUUCUGUACAGCCAACACACGCAACCGCGCAGCAUCCCGGUGUUGCAAAACAGCCGGUUCCAUGUGUGUUCUUUCAAAAAGGCAUGUGUAUGAAAGGAGAUAUGUGUUCAUUCUUGCACACACCGAAUCCUGCUGGUUAUAAAAAGCAGAACCCCGUAGAAGCUAAGCCUGCUCCUGAUCCUCAGUUUUCUAAAAAGCCAAUUGAUAAUAACACCGGGGAGAAGAAAUUUCCUGAUGCUAACCUCUCAAAGGCGGUUAAAGCACAUGUUGACAUAUCGGCUGCACCAAGAGUCACAUCUGCUGGCCUAAGGGAUAGUAGACGUGUAGAGGGAUAUGUUCCAGAACAUGUGGGAUAUGACCCUGUUGUACAGAAAAAGGGUACGGGAGUUCCUUCCUUUACUGAAGGAGGCCAUUCGACUCAGUUGCUUCAUAAAUAUGGAUCUGAUGAUAAUAAUAGUUUCCACAAUGGUAAGGACGCAGAUGACGUUUUAAGAGAGUCGUCUCCUGGGUUUGAUGUUCUUGUGGAUAAUGAGGCUAGGGAUUCGGAGUAUUAUCGUGUUGAAGAUCGAUAUGGACGGAGAAGUCAGGAGGGAGGGAACUCUGUGAAUGAGUAUGACCCUGAUUUCAGUGCAAUAGCUGAUGAUGAAGAAGCAUUCCAUGAUCAGCGUUUUGAUCCAUAUGAUCAGAGGGAAGACAGGUAUGCAUGGGGCAACCGUCGAGUUUCUUCUGAGAGAGGAGAUCAUUCAGAAAGAAGGGUUUAUGCAGAAGAUGAGAGAUCAGAGAACAUAUUGGCAUCAGAUCUGAGAUAUCGUUUGGCUAAGCAGAGGAAAGUCAAUGGUGUGAGAUCAGUUGGAAGCCAUGACUUUGGUGCUCCUGACUCUUCAGUGGAAAGAGGAUAUAGAGACUCUCGUAGGGAUACACUGAGGGAAAAUUCCAUUAACAGCAGCCGUCUACAGGGUAGAAUUAAGCUUCGUGAGAGAAGCAAUGGCGACGAGGGUCACCACUUUGACAGGAGAAGUGAGAGGGGAAGGGACAGAAGCGAAUUAUCUUCUCAGGGUAGACUCCGAGAUAGAAUUAAGGGUAGGUUAGAGGAAAACCAUAGUGGUAAUCAGGAAAGAGGUUUCCGGGCUCCAUGGGCGAGAAGAAGAGAAAUGGAAGACGAAAGAAAACCAGCUCCUAAAAGCAUUGCAGAAACUAAAAGCAGGAGAGAGGAAAGUAAGCCAGAGCCAUCUCUUGGGAAGAGGAAAAGCUUUGAAGAGGAUCAUCAUAGUCAUAAGCGAUCAGGAGAUUCAUUUGCAGCUCCGUUGCCUUUCAGUGAGAUUCUCAAGAGAAAAAGAGCGGCUGCAUCUGGUGGUAGCAGACACAACAACAAGGACGAGACGAUAACGAAAGAGGAAGCUGGAGAUGAGACCAAAAUCAUAACAGAAGAGAAAACCGAGGUUGUCUCCGAACCCAAAGCUGAAGUAGAAGAAGAAGGGACGAUUAUGGAGGAAGAAGAAGUCGUUGGGGAGGAAGUGUAUGAAGGAAAUGAAGAUGAGCAAGCUUAUGAAGGUGAUGAGCUAAACGGAGAGUACUAUUACGAAGAAGGAUAUGAAGAAGAGGGAGGAGAAUACGCUUACGAAGAAGGUGAAGAAGUAGUUUACGCGGCUGAGGAAGGAGAAGAAGAAGUGACAGAAGGAGGUGAAGCUGAGGGUGAAGAAGACAUUGAGAAGAAGACCGUUGAGAUAUUCCCUCGCCAUGUAAGCCCUUGUUCCUCUUCCCUCUCUCAAAUUCAAUCACCUCUCUGUUUCCCUCUAUCUUCUCCUUCUCAAUCUUCCUUUAUCUCUUGCCCUUUCGGUUGGUUCACUAGCUUUCUCUGUAUCAUCCGAUACCCUUUCGUUAGCAAAAGCGGUCCUUCUUCUUAUUCCGAAGAUUUCGAUAGAGAUUGGAUCCGUAAAGUUGUUCAGAAUAAUCUAUGGGAUGAUCCUGGAAUCGGAAAGCUUUUUGAUUUGACAUUGGCUCCGAUUUGGGUUCCAAGGGUUCUCGUUGAAUUGAAAGAAGACCCUAAAUUAGCUUUCAAAUUCUUCAAAUGGUCGAUGACUCGUAAUGGGUUUAAGCACUCCGUGGAAUCUUACUGUAUAGUAGCUCACAUUCUGUUUUGUGCUAGAAUGUAUUAUGAUGCUAAUAGUAUCCUUAAAGAGAUGGUUUUGUUAAAGGCGGACUGCGAUGUUUUCGAUGUUCUGUGGUCUACAAGGAAUGUGUGUGUUCCUGGUUUUGGAGUGUUUGAUGCUUUGUUUAGUGUUUUGAUUGAUCUAGGAAUGCUUGAGGAAGCUAUUCAGUGUUUCUCUAAGAUGAAGAGAUUUAGAGUUUUCCCGAAAACUCGGUCUUGCAAUGGUUUAUUGCAUAAGGAGUUGAAACGAAAUGGGUUGAAACCGAAUGUUGUGAGUUACAGCACUUUGGUUGAUGCGUUUUGUAAGGAGGGUAUGAUGCAACAAGCCAUCAAGUUUUAUGUUGAUAUGAGAAGAGUUGGUCUUGUGCCUAAUGAGUAUACAUAUACUUCCCUCAUUGAUGCCUAUUGUAAAAUUGGUAAUCUCUCAGAUGCUUUUGGGUUAGCUAAUGAGAUGUUGCAAGUGGGUGUAGAAUGGAAUGUAGUCACUUACACUGCGCUUAUUGAUGGCCUUUGUGAUGCGGAGAGAAUGAAAGAAGCUGAAGAACUUUUUGGAAAAAUGGAUACAGCUGGUGUGAUUCCAAAUCUUGCAAGUUACAAUGCUCUGAUUCAUGGAUUUGUGAAGGUGAAAAACAUGGACAGAGCAUUAGAGCUUCUAAACGAAUUGAAGGGGAGAGGCAUUAAGCCGGAUUUGCUGCUUUAUGGAACUUUCAUUUGGGGUUUGUGCAGUUUAGAGAAGAUAGAGGCCGCUAAGGUAGUGAUGAAUGAAAUGAAGGAAUGUGGGAUCAAAGCAAAUCCGCUGAUUUACACAACGUUAAUGGAUGCUUACUUUAAGUUGGGAAACCCCACUGAGGGAUUGCAUCUACUGGACGAGAUGCUAGAACUUGAUAUCGAGGUCACAGUGGUUACCUUUUGCGUUUUGAUUGAUGGAUUGUGCAAAAAUAAGUUAGUUUCUAAGGCAAUUGAUUAUUUCGGGAGGAUAAGUAAUGAUUUUGGUCUACAAGCUAAUGCAGCCAUAUACACAGCAAUGAUUGAUGGUCUCUGUAAAGAUAAUCAAGUUGAGGCUGCAACAACUCUCUUUGAACAAAUGGCUCAAAAGGGUCUAGUUCCAGACAGAACGGCAUACACAUCGUUAAUGGAUGGGAACUUUAAGCAAGGGAAUGUGCUAGAGGCUUUGGCUUUACGAGACAAAAUGGUUGAGACUGGUAUGAAGCUUGAUUUGCUUGCUUACACUUCAUUAGUCUGGGGAUUAUCGCACUGCAAUCAGUUGCAGAAAGCGAGAUCCUUCCUGGAGGAAAUGAUCGGAGAAGGAAUUCACCCUGACGAGGUUUUGUGUAUUAGUGUCUUGAAGAAACACUAUGAGCUUGGAUGUAUAAACGAAGCUGUAGAGUUGCAGAGUUAUCUGAUGAAGCAUCAACUUUUGACCAGUGACAACGAUAAUGCCCUCCCAAACAUGUGAAACUCAAAGAUGCAAUCUUUUUGCUCUUAUCAACGGAUUCAGAUAUUUGGAUCCAAACCCUUGUUUCUUCUGGAGUACAUGAAGAACAAGAAACCAAAAUCUGGAAUCUUCCGCCUAAGUGUUCUCCUGAGAAUCUGUUAGCUUAUUAUUGUAGCUGCAGUUUCUCUGUUUGGUUCGGGACUAAUCCGAGGAGAAGCUUAUCGAUGGAUACAUUGUUCAUCGACAAGAGCUGAGGUAUGAAACAAAUCCAAUAUUGGGUGUAAUCUGAAUUUGGUCUGCAAUAAAAAUGUAGUCUUUUGUUGCAGACUUUGAGCUCUGAAGCUGUGGAAAAGAUGAGAAAGGAGUGAAGAUUAUGAAGUUAAUUUUGCUUACACAUGGGUUUUAAGGGUUCUUCAUUGUUGUUUUGUAUUGUUGCAUUGAGGAACCAAUCAAAGUCCCUAAUUUUU